AUGAUGAGAGCCAGUAUUUCCAACAACAACCCUAAUUUUGGUCCGAAUACAACAAUGGCAUCGACCACCUUGUCAUCCUUGAAGGGUGGUGCUUCAUCGGGGUUUUCAUCAGUUGGAGAAUUACAGGCCUUUAUUAAUUAUAAUUGUAGAAGAAAGUACUACAGCUCGGUCACGGAAGUUUGUGAGUUGUUUUUAACGAGAGGUGAAGAUCCGAUCGUGAGAUUAUGGAAUUCGUUUGGGCAUUGUAUGCAAGGAAAUUUGAGUGAGGCCAUCCGAGGAUAUAACAUGAUCAAGGAACGCAAGGAAGUGCAACUUGCUUCGUACAUCGGUUUGGUGGCAGCUCAUGAACAAUCUGCGAACCAAGAUGAACAAGAAAUUGAAACGUUGAAAACAUUUAUUGAAAUGGAAAGAGGAUCGGCUCAAAACUCUGCCAAGUUGCAAGCAGCAUUAUUGUAUCUACACAUGGGAGAGUAUGACGAGUGUAGAAAUAUUCUUGAAGAUAUUGAUGAAAAAUACAAAGAUCCCUAUACAAACUUGGAGACAGUCAAAGCAUGGGCCACGCUAUUAGAUGACGAAAUUGAACUCGUGAACUGCGAAUCGUUGUUUGAUGCAUGUAUUAAGGCCGAUCCAAGAAACCUCGACGCCAUGAUGGGAAAAGCAAAAAAUGCAGAAAAACAAAGAAAAAUACAACAAGCCAUCGAUAUUUGCAGUCAAAUUAGUUUGUCCUUCCAAAAUUUCUCACCCGCUCAGGUUGAAAAAUGUCUCUUGCUCAUCCAACUAGAUGACUGGGAUCAGUGUCGAGAAACUGCGCUCCGAAUCCAAAAACAAGAUCCCAACAAUGUAGAUGCAAUGUAUAUUAAUUUAUUAUAUUUGUUUGUGAAAGGUUCGCAAUAUGAAGAUCUUGUGAACCAAUUCAACGAAUUAUUCAAAGUCAUCACAAAGAGAGAAGCCAAGAAUGAUAAAUUAUGCAGUUCCUUGGCCAAAACGUUUUCAUCACUCUCCGAAGGAAAAGAAGAAUUAUUGAAAAAGUGCAUCGAUUUACUCAACUUGGCUAAAAAAGCAAAUCCGAUCGAAGCCGAUUAUUUCAUACUUCAGGGACAUAUCCAAGUAAUGAUGAAGGACUUUAUUAAUGCCGAGACGUCCUUCAGAAAAGCUCUCGAGUUGAAUGAUGGCAGUAUUUCAGCCAACAAGGGACUUUUCAAAUGUUCCAUUUUGCAGAACAAGAAAGAUGUGGCCACCCAAUACAGAGAUUUUCUUGGAGAUAUCGAAGUGAUCAUGGAAGAGGAUGACGAUGCUCACGAAGAGUCAGCACAAGAAAACAAAUCUGAACUCUUAUUUCUGAUGGCUCUCUAUGAACAUAGAUGUAACAAGAAUGUGGAAAAUUUUACCAAAUCCCUUUCCGAUGUUUAUGCACUCCAUGAGAAGGAAUUACGAUCCAUGAAGAAAAGCAUUGAAUAUUAUGGCGCCUUAAAUCCUCAAUUUAUUUUGGAAAUUUGUCAUGAAUUGAUACGUUCAAUUCCAAGCGAACCAUUGGGACCUACAGAUCCACAAACGGAAGAGCUUGCUUUAUGCUCGAAAAUUCUCACGUCUCUAACAUCAGAGGUACCAGGUCUAAUGCUUCCCCAAUUGUUGUUGGCUAAAACCAAAUUCAUUAUGAGAGAUUUUGAGAGCGCACAACGCAUUUUGGCAAGAGUGUUGCAGUACGAUCCUAAGAGUUCACAGGCACAUAUUCUUUUGGCACAAAUUGCAUAUUACCAAGAAAAUUAUACUCUUGCCACCACAGAAUUGGAGAGAGCCGUGAGCUAUGAUUUUGCUGUCACAAAACAAGCAGACUAUAACUUGCUGAAGGCCAAAGUGCUUGCAUCCAAAGGAGAAACCAAAGAUGCCAUUCAAAAUUUAGAGAGAAUUUUGAAAGCAGAAGCCAUUCAACGAAAAAUUUCUGAUGAUGAAAUUAUCUCGAUAUACUUGGAGCUAUCGGCAGUCCAUUCUAGAAGAAAUGAACAUGUUGAAGCUGCCAAAUACAUUGAACAAGCAUUGGAAAAGUUUGCUGGAACUGAGCAAGAAGGAAGAAUUAUCAUUGCCAAUGCCAAACUUUCCAUCAGUAGAAAUGACUCUGAUACUGCGAUUUCAAUUUUGCAAUCGGUGCAACCCGAGUCCAGUUACUAUUUACUCGCCAAGUCAGAAAUUGCAAAAAUAUAUCUCAAUAGAAAUGAUAAACGUUCCUAUGCCAAAUGCUAUGAAGAACUUGUAGAAAAAUCAAUCAAGACGUCUUCAAGUUAUUUAUUCUUGGGCGAUGCUUACAUGAAAAUUCAAGAACCAGAGAAGGCCAUCGAAGCUUAUCAAGAAGCGCUUAGUAUUGAUCCAAAAAAUUUACCUCUCAGAAAUAAGAUUGCCAAAUCGCUGAUAUUGGUUCACAAUUAUGAGGAAGCCGUUUCUUUCUAUAAGGAAGCCAUUGAGCUUGAUCAAAACAAUAUUGAUCCUCGAUAUGAUUUGGCACAACUAUAUCUCAAACUUCGAAAGUUUAAGGAGGCUGAACGAACCCUCACCGAAACAGUAUCUGUGAUUGAGGGUAAAAAGUCGAAUCAAAUUAGCUUAAUGUCCCAAUACGUGAAAGUCAUUUUACUACUUUCACAGGUUCACUGUAAAAUGGGUGAUUUGAAAGUGGCCAUGAGUGAUUUGGAACAAGCCAAGAAUAUGCAAGUCAAAAUUCUCUCAAAGCUUCAAAAUUCACAACAAGACAGUCUGUAUUUAGAAAAACAAAUAGCAGCCAAGAUUUGCUACGAAUUGGGAGACUACAAUAGAAAGUCUGGAGACUCGAAAACAGCAUCACAAUUCUUCAAAGAAGCGCUCCAAUAUGAUGAAGCUCAUGAGUCAAGCAUGCUAGCUCUUGCAGAAAUUUACUUGAAGGAUAACGACAUUGAGGGCUGUCAAAGUCAAUGCACAAGUUUACUUCGAGUGAACAAGUCGCACGAGCAAGCCACAAUCAUGAUGGCAGAUAUCAUGUUCAGAAACAACAAGUUUGAAGAGGCUAUCGAACAUUUCCAAACCUUCCUACAUCACAAACCAAAUAAUUACAAGGCUCUUGUACAAUUAUUAACCCUUCUUAGAAGAGCUGGAAAGCUUGAUGAGGCAGAAACAUUCCUCAAGGAAGCACGAAAUUUCUCACCCAAAGAAGAAUAUGAUCCAGGUUUCAACUUUUGCAAUGGUCUCUUUCACUUGUACAGAAAUAAUUCAAGAGAAUCAUUGGUUUGGUUCAACCGAGCAAGAAAAAGUGGUGAUUGGGGUGAAAUGGCGACUGUGUAUAUGAUUGAGACAUACCUCAAUCCAGACACCACUGUGGACAGUUCGCUUUCUGAAAGCGAUCAAAAAGAAAAAAAUCCCAAGACCGUGGUCAGUGAAAACAGAAUGGAAAGUAUUACUGCAGCUGAAAGGUUAUUGGAAGAGCUGACCACUACAACCAUUUCACCACACAAAAAGAAAACUCUACAAGGUUAUCUCAAGAUUGCAAAAUGUAAAACCAAGGAUGAAAUUGAGAAGUGUAUUCCAUUUUUUGGAGAAGUGUUGUCACAAGAUACAGAUUAUGUACCAGCCCUUGUUGCACUUUCGUACGCUUUUGAAAAGACGAAACAAACACCAAAAGCCAGACAGACCUUGAAACGAAUUUCUAAAAUGGGCAUGAAACCUGGAUGGGAGGAUGAUUUCGAACGAGGAUGGCUACUCCUUGCAGAUAUUUAUAUUGGCAAUGGAAAGUUUGAUUUGGCACAAGAGCUCAUUAAGAAAAUUUUAGAAAUUAACAAGUCUUGCACACGAGCAUGGGAACUGGACGGAUUAAUUUAUGAAAAGGAAGGCUCUUUCCAAGAUGCUGCAAAUUGCUAUGAAAAGGCUUGGAAACUGUCAGGUGAAACCUCACCAAGUAGUGGUUACAAACUAGCAUUCAAUCUAUUGAAAGCAAAACGAAACAUUGAAGCCAUUAAUGUUUGUCACAAAGUUUUGCAAAAACAUCCCAACUAUCCCAAAAUUAAGAAAGAGGUGCUUGAUAAGGCUCGCCUUUCUAUUCGGCCGUAA